CGCGGAGAGCCCAACAGAGAGACUGCAUCCGCUGCUGGUAGCUGCUGCGCAUCGCUCGAACGGAUUUAAAACUUGAUACCAAUCUCAGGAUUUUUUUUCUGUGUUUUUGCGGGAGAAGGGACUUUUGAAUAUCACAAGCUGAUAUAUUCAUCUCCCUUUUCCUACAUCAGUGGACCGUAAUUUGCUGUGGUUUUGUGGGAUAUUUCUAAUUAAAAAGAUGCCUGCCGAUAUGAUGGAAAAAACCUCCUCCUCUCCGGUUGCUGCAACCCCGGCAAGCAUGAACACAACUCCCGAUAAACCCAAGACAGCCUCCGAGCACAGAAAGUCUUCCAAGCCAAUUAUGGAAAAGAGAAGAAGAGCCAGAAUCAACGAGAGCUUGGGGCAGCUGAAAACUCUCAUCCUGGAUGCUCUCAAAAAAGAUAGCUCCAGGCACUCCAAGCUGGAGAAGGCGGACAUCCUGGAGAUGACGGUGAAACAUCUCCGGAACCUCCAGAGGGCUCAGAUGACCGCUGCUCUGAACACCGACCCCACUGUCUUGGGAAAAUACCGCGCCGGAUUCAGUGAAUGCAUGAAUGAAGUUACCCGGUUCCUCUCCACCUGUGAGGGUGUCAACACCGAAGUCAGGACGCGGCUCCUCGGCCACUUGGCCAACUGCAUGACCCAGAUCAACGCUAUGAACUAUCCCAGCCAGCAUCAGCACCAACAUCAGCUCCCUUCUACUGCCGGACCAACGCACCCUUCCUUCGGCCAGUCCAUGGUGCAGAUCCCCAGCUCGUCCCCGCAGGUCCUUCCCAUGAACCCGGUGUCCUGUAAAGGAGGCUCCUCUCCGGCCAGUUUACCCUCAGACGCCACCAAAGUCUAUGGCGGUUUCCAGAUCGUGCCUGCCACAGACGGACAGUUUGCUUUCCUCAUACCCAAUGCAGCGUUUGCGCCAAACGGCCCCGUUAUUCCCGUGUACGCCAACAACGUCAGCACGUCGGUGCCUGUUCCGGCUGCUGUUUCCCCCGGAGCCCCGUCAGGUAACACGGAUUCAGUGUGGCGACCGUGGUGAAAAACAAAACAGUGGAGAAGGACCACAGAGACUUUAAAGUGACGCUUAACUAGUUCUCUCUUUGUUCAAUGUUAGACAGUUGUUUUAAAUCUGUUUUUUUUCUUGUUAAAUGGAAAGAGUAUGCACUAUAUUUGUACAGCUAACAAGGGAGUAAAGUUCAUAUUGAAAUGGGAUUUGUAUUGUGGAAGUCCGUUCACUGCAUUUUUAUAUAUAUAUAUUUGAGUUGUCUUUUUUACUGUGUGAUGCCAAAGAUAUGUUCAAUGCUCUUAUGCUGUUCUUCGUUUUGGAAGACAAAUAAAUUUGUAAAGACAUUAAAAACA